AAAUAACCGCGCUUAUUUCCUGGCAACCGAUCCUUCGCGAACGAAAACUUCUACUUUAUUUAUGGUUGAUUUGCCACCUUUAAAAUGCAAAAAAGAAAAAACCGAAUCAACUAAUAAAGCUCGAGAUCAAAGUGAGUCUACAUUCAACUUUACUAAUAACGAAUCGUGCGCAAAAGAAUUUUCUUUUACUUUUUGCCCAUCGACACCACAUGAUAUAUCUAUUCGCUCUGAAUCUAUAAAACCAUCGAAUUCGAUUAAUUCUUCUACUAUCGAUUUUUUGUCUGUGAAUAUUAAAACGCAACUUAAAUCACAACAAUCUAGCAUAUUGCCAAAAAUACCCACUGUGGAGUGGAAACCAUUACUUCCAGAAUCAUGUCUAAGGGAAACCCAUUUUUCAGAGGCAUUAUCACGAGAAGAAAUGUUUGUGAAAGAACGAAGGAGGUUAGCUUUACAAGGAAUCACUAGUUAUCAAUUUGAUUCUCGAAGUGGUCAAAUAUUAUUUAGCUAUGGAAGUGGAAUUUACUUAGGACAUGUUAGCAAGAAUACUGAAUUUUAUCCACGCCCAAUAAUACCUUAUUCAUCAAAUCCUGCAACAUGUUCUGGAGGCAUAAUGAAUUUUUCACUCGCCCACUCACCGCAAAAUAAUCGCAUAUCACCACUUUCUUCUCCUUCAACUACCAGCUCUUCUCCUUCAUCACCUUGUUGCCCCUCACUAAUUAAUACAUUACCACCACGAUUAGACCCAAAGUUGGGUGGUCGUAAUUGCGAUCUUGUCGCUUUUAUUCGUGACAGAGAUAUUUGGGUCACAACUUUAAAUGGUUUGGAGACUCAACUGACGUUUUGCAAUGAGCAUGACCCAGACGGAUCUUCUGCCUUAAGUUGCGGUGUUGCUGAGUUUGUGAUGCAGGAAGAAUUUCACCGUUUUACAGGCUAUUAUUGGGCACCAGCAUGCACAAAGGAACAUGUUGAACGAAUUUUAUAUUUACAAAAUUCAGAAUCUAUGGUAGAUUUAGUUUUAAUACCUCGACCAGGUCAACAAGGAGAAGCAGAAGAAUAUCGCUAUCCAAAAGCCGGUACUCCAAAUGCAGUGAGUGAUUUACAGAUAGUCGAAUUCAUUCCACGUUACAGCGAUGAGGAAGCAACAAUCAGUCCUGUUCACAAAAGGCUUUGGGGUCUUGCAGCGUUGGAUAAACUUUUUCCGUGGAAGGAGUACGUUGUUCGGUUUGGCUGGUGCCCAAAUGGCAAAAGUGUUUGGGUACAGCUCCUUGAUCGUCCACAACGAAGGACGGCGAUUAUUAAAAUUCCAAUUGUCAACUUUAUGAGUCUAUCAGAAUAUCAAGAAAGUGGCGGAAAAUUAGAUAAACUUUGUAUGUCACGUAUUGAGGUUGUUUUUGAAGAAACGAGCGACAUUUGGAUUAAUGUAACAGAUAUUUGUUAUUUUUUUAACGAUGAUGAGAUUAUUUCAUCAAAAAAUACGAAUACAAAUACAUCUUCGCCUCAUACGAUGCAAUCUCCUACUAAACUUAUCAUCACUUCUGAAAGUAGUGGAUUCCGUCAUCUUUACCUCGUAAACAAACCUUCUGCUGAAUCACCACGUUACCACAUUAGACCUAUUACUGAUGGAAAUUGGCCCAUCGUAGAUCGACCCGUAUAUGUUGAUACCAAAAGGGAACUUGUUUAUUUUACUGCCAAAAAAGAUACGCCGUUGGAAGCUCAUGUAUAUGUAGCCAGUUAUGCUGAAACAGCUGAUCCUUAUUCAGUGAUACGGCUCUCAGAACUAGGCUACAGCCAUUUUGUGGUAAUGGAUGAAAAAUGUGAGAGGUAUUUGGAUUGGUUUUCCAAUAUAAAGGAAAAACCAAGAUGUGGAGUCCGAUAUUUCGAAUGGGAUGAAGGGCAAGUAUUUCCUAAAGUAAGUGAAACAUUAGGAAUCUUGGUGAAGGGUGGAAAUGAAGAGGAGGAAGUAAGAAAUAAUGAAGACAAACGACAGAAUGAACGAAUUCCUAUAGGUGAAUUUUUCAAUUUUAAAAAUAGUGAUGGUGUAACAAUUUAUGGAUGUUUAUACCGGCCGGUAAAUUAUAUCGAAGGGAAUAAAUAUCCUACUCUUUUGAGCAUUUACGGUGGACCUAAAUCUCAGAUGGUAACAAACGACUAUAAAUACCCACGACUUCUUCGAUUAUUCCUUGCAACUCAUCUUGGCUUUUCUGUUGUUUUGAUUGAUGGCCGUGGGUCCUCUGAUAGAGGUUUAGAAUUUGAGUCCUAUCUUAAGGGUCGUAUGGGCACUGUUGAAUUAGAUGAUCAAAUUACCGGGUUAAAGUAUUUAUCUUCAAAGAAUAUGGGUGUUGAUUUGGAAAGAGUUGCCAUCACUGGUUGGAGUUACGGAGGGUAUUUAAGUUUAAUGGCGCUCGCGCAAUACCCACAGAUCUUUAAGUUGGCCAUUGCGGGGGCACCGGUAACGCAAUGGGAACUUUACGACACUGCCUACACUGAACGUUAUAUGGGACUUCCAGAAGAAAAUGUUGAAGGUUAUCACAACGGGAAUGUAUUAACAUGGGCGGAAAAGUUUCCUGACGGGGAGAAUCGGCUUCUUAUUGCCCACGGACAAAUUGAUGAGAAUGUACAUUUUAAGAAUUCCGAAUUAUUAGUUGCAUCUCUUGUGAAAUAUAAUAAGCCACAUGUUUUACAACCAUAUCCCACAGAAAGACAUGGAUUAAGACAUGCGAAUGUAGCAGAACAUUUUGAAACGCUAAUGUUUUUUUGGCUAGUUAACUACCUGUGA